AUGGUGUUUACAACCACCACGGCUCACCAAGGUUGGGAUCUCAUACAAAGAUAUUCAUCACUCAAUCGAUUGCUAAGGAUUACUGCCCUGUGCUUUCGAUUUUUGGCUAUUCUCAAAGGUACACCUCAAUCCACACUAAGGAAUCCAAUCAACACCAAAGACUUGGACGAAGUUAUGAUUUAUUGGAUCAAGUUUUCUCAGGCCAGCUACUUCCCAGCUGAACUGAAGGAUCUCACCCGGGGAGUCAAGUUUCGAAAAUCUCAUCCUUUCGCAAGACUUACUGCAUUCAUAGAUGCAGAAGGUGUUCUCAGAGUCGGAGGUCGACUCAACUAUUCGGAUCUUGAAUUCGAAAGUAAACACCCAGCGAUACACCCCAAGGAUUGUACUUUUUCGCAAUUAAUCAUUGACAAUGCUCAUCGGAAACUCCUCCAAGGUGGAACUCAACUCACCCUGUCCUUCAUUCGAAGACAUUUUUGGAUCCUGGACGGAAGGCGUUUAGUAAAAUCUUACAUUCUACGCUGUGUAAAAUGUGCUCGUCAACGUGCAGUUCGAGCUGAGCAGUUGAUGGGUCAACUGCCCAAGGAACGUGUUAAUCCUUCAAGGCCAUUCUGUGAAACUGGAGUAGAUUAUGCUGGACCUAUCACUCUCUUAACUUGGAAAGGAAGAGGAGCAAAAACGAUGAAGGGCUGGCUAUGCCUAUUUGUCUGCUUCUCAACUUCUGCUCUCCAUAUCGAAGCAGUCACUGAUUAUUCAACAGAAGGAUUCAUCGCAGCUUUUAGAAGGUUGACCUCAAGAAGGGGAAUUCCUCAAACACUCUUCAGCGACUGUGGAACUAACUUCCAAGGUGCCAACAAGGCUCUUCAAGACCUUUUCAAAAAAGGAACUCAAGAAUUCAAGGAAUUAGCUCAACAAUUGUCUCAAGAUGGCACCAACUGGAGUUUCAACCCCCCUUCUGCUCCACACAUGGGAGGAAAAUGGGAAGCUGCCGUCAAGUCAGUAAAAUUUCAUCUCAGAAGGACGGUCAAUUGUUUUAAUUAA